AUGCAUUGCGCGUGGAAUGAGUCCAAAAUAGGUGGAGAAAUUGUUGCAGCUGUGGAUAUAAAUACAGUCGCUAAUGAAGUGUACAAAUACAACUUUCCAUUUACAAACCUAAUUAACAAGAACAUUCAGUCAUUGAGUGCUAAAACACUAAAUAGAUUUAACAUAAAUACUAUACUUAUGUCACCUCCAUGCCAACCAUUUACUAGAAAUGGAAAUUAUUUAGACGAAAAUGAUCCCAGGACAAAUUCUUUUUUAUAUUUGAUUGACAUUCUUGACAAAUUUGAAAAACUUGAAUAUAUAUUGAUGGAGAAUGUAAAAGGCUUUGAAUGUUCAUCAGUAAGGAAAUUAUUUGUGGACAAGUUAAAGGAGUGUAAAUUUGAGUUUCAAGAGUUUCUUGUUUGUCCAUCAAGUAUAGGAGUUCCAAAUUCACGACUUCGUUAUUAUUGCCUAGCUAGGAAAACAGCUGCAAGUUGGAAUUUUAAACGAAAAGAUGAAAUAAUGAGUAUGAUACCAGUUGAUUAUGGUAUACCUAACACAUUAGAAAGUAUAAUAGAGAAAGAUGUUUCAGACAAAUAUCUAAUAAAUGAGAAGUUAUUAAGGCAUGGGAAUAUAAUGGAUAUUUGUUUCAAAGAUUCUAUAAGGUCUUGUUGUUUCACUAAAGCUUAUACUCAUUAUAUUGAAGGAACUGGUUCAGUGUUCACUGCAGCAACUCCAGAAACUGUAAAAAUGUGUUUUGAAAAGGCAAAUUCUUUUGAUGUUGGUAGUGAGAAGUAUGUGGAAUCACUGAAGAAAUUGAAUUUAAGAUUUUUUACUCCAAAAGAAGUUUCAUUGCUUAUGUCAUUCCCUAUUUAUUAUAAAUUCCCUGAAACUGUAACCCUAAAACAGUCCUACAGAUUGCUUGGUAAUAGUAUUAAUGUAAAGGUAGUAAGUGAAUUAUUAAAGUUAUUAUUUAAUUAA